AUGGAACCAAAAAAUUUAACAGGUAUCUUGGAAUUGCAAUACUUGAGAUUCUCUGAUGAUCCAGAACAGCAGCACCUCUUCUUUGUGCUAUUUCUGAUUAUGUAUUUGGUCUCAGUGCUCAGCAAUCUGCUCAACAUCUUGGUUAUCAGCUCUGACUCACACCUGCACGACCCCAGCUACUUCUUUUGCUACAACCUGUCCUUGACUGACAUUGGAUUCAGCAGUUGUACAAUCCCCAAUGUGCUGGUGAACAUCCAGAAACAUAACAAAUCCAUCACUUAUGCAGGCUGCCUAACUCAGGUGUCUGGGUUUUUUUUCCGUUUUCAAUGUUUGGACAGUCUACUGCUCUCUGUAAUGUCCUAUGAUUGUUUGGUGGCUAUUUGUUACUCUUUACAAUACCCAGUCACCAUGAACCCCUGCCUGUGUGGCUUGUUGGUCCUGGUUUUGUUUUCCAUCAGUCCUUUGGACUCCCAGCUGCACUGCUUAAUAGUAUCACAAGUUACCUUCUGCCCAGUUACUGAAAUCUCUAAUUUCAAUUGUGACCCACCUCAACUCCUUAAAAUUGCCUGUGACUAUAUCUCUAUUAAUAACAUAUUGAUCUAUUUUAUAGGUGAAAUCUUUGGUGGUGUUCCAGUCUCAGUUCUUUAUUCUUAUAUAAUAAUAAUUUCCUUUAUUCUGAGAGUCCCAUUAUCAUGUGGGAAAUACAAAGCUUUCUCUAUCUGUGGUUCUCACUUGUCAGUUGUAUGUGUGAUUUAUGGAACAGCCUUUGGAGCAUACUUCAGUUCACUUGUCUCACAUGCUAAUAGGAAUGUUACGGUAGCCUCAGUGAUGUACAACAUGGGUCCACCCAUGCUGAACCCCUUUGUCUACAGUUUGAGGAAUGGGGAGAAAAAGAAUGUACUUUGGAAGGUCCUCUCCAAUACAGGCCAACAUCAGGAGCUGGGCCACAUGUUUUGGUCUCUUUAA